AUGCCAAAUCCUGACUGGGCGAGAGGAGGAGCUUUUCAAAAGAUUGCUGGUGUUGGCCGAACGGGCUGCUUCAUUGUGAUAGAUGCCAUGUUGGAACGUGUGAAGCAGGAGAAGACGAUAGAUGUUUAUGGUCACGUGACUCUGAUGCGAUCUCAGCGAAACUACAUGGUGCAGACAGAGGAGCAGUACAUCUUUAUUUAUGAUGCGCUGCUGGAGGCCGUUUCCUGCGGCAACACAGAGGUACCGGCACGAAACCUUUACGCCUACAUCCAGAGACUGUCACAGACAGAACCGCCAGAGCACAUCAGCGGAAUGGAGCAGGAAUUUAAACGGUUAGCUAAUGCCAAAGCGCAUAACUCCAGAUUCGUCAGUGCCAGCCUUCCAUGCAAUAAGUUCAAAAACCGACUGGUCAAUAUCAUGCCAUAUGAAACCACACGUGUGUGUCUGCAGCCAAUCAGAGGAGUGGAGGGCUCAGACUAUGUCAAUGGCAGUUUUAUAGAUGGCUACAGGCAACAGAGAGCGUAUAUUGGGACUCAGGGGCCACUGGCAGAGACUGUUGAAGAUUUCUGGCGGAUGCUUUGGGAACACAAUUCUACUAUAGUAGUUAUGCUAACUAAACUCAGAGAAAUGGGAAGGGAGAAAUGUCAUCAGUAUUGGCCAUCUGACAGGUCAGCACGGUAUCAGUAUUUUGUGGUGGAUCCCAUGGCGGAGUACAACAUGCCUCAGUAUAUACUCAGAGAGUUUAAAGUCACAGACGCAAGGGACGGGCAAUCCAGAACGGUCCGGCAGUUUCAGUUCACGGAUUGGCCAGAGCAGGGUGUGCCAAAAUCUGGUGAAGGCUUCAUUGAUUUCAUCGGUCAAGUGCACAAAACAAAAGAGCAGUUUGGUCAGGAUGGGCCGAUCUCAGUACAUUGCAGUGCUGGCGUUGGCAGGACAGGUGUAUUUAUCACUCUGAGUAUAGUAUUGGAGAGGAUGCGUUACGAGGGAGUGGUCGACAUCUUCCAGACUGUCAAAAUGUUGCGUACUCAAAGACCAGCCAUGGUGCAGACAGAGGAACAGUACCAGUUCUGCUAUCGAGCUGCGCUGGAAUACCUGGGCAGUUUUGAUCACUAUGCAACCUAAAACCUUUCCCUGGACCAAGAGCCACGUCAUCACCCACCGAGACCUGCGUCUGAUCAAUCUGACUGCCUCUUUGUGUUGCCCACAGCUCCAGAGUCUGUUUGAGUUCUCUAGACAGCACACGUUUUAACAGCCAGUCAGGGAGGGCAGCUGAGAUACAGAAUUGUCACAACAAAUUGUUGCUGUAAUCAUUUAGCUGAAAGUUGUCAAGUCAUAUUCGGGGGUUGAGUGCAGAUUUGGCAUUACAGCUAACAGGCCAACACAUCCAAUGAAAUCUCCUGAAAUCAUCCAUGUGCCGUCUGGACCAAUUCAACAGACCAAUGAGACUGUGGGAGACGACAAUAAUCAACAAUUUGAUGGUACUUCUUAUGUCAUAAUUUGUUUAACAAAAAAAAAAAAAGUAAGGUCAUGCAGUCCGGGUUUAGCGUUUCCACUAUUUUUUUUUUUUGUCACCAGUUGUAUAGUGGAUCCACCAACUCACUUGUUUAAGUGAUAGGGACAAAAUGAAGUUCAAAAGAACCCCUAAGUAUUGGUGCUUAUGCCAGUAACCUGUUCGUUUAUCUGUAGCACACACACAUAGAUAUAUACGUACAUAUCUAUCACAGAUUUAAGACAAGGAGAAAUAACACAAGCUGAAAAUGGAGAUUUGUCUCAAAAACUGUGCAAUAUUGAACGUGAUGGCACCUUCAAGUUUUAAACCACUCAAGUAUUAGCGAUAUUGUCACUGUAAUUAUAUUGUCUCAUUAAUCCUAUACAAUGUAAAGUAUAAAACAAAUUUGUUAUUACGCAUAUUAGCUAUAUAUAUAUAAAUAUAUAUAUAAACUGUCAAUGUAUUGAGUGAUAUUUAUACUAUGUGAGUGAGGUUCUUGUCAAUGCACACAAGUUAAGAAAAGUAUUGACUGCAGUAAAAUUUUAAAGUUUUUUUUUUUUUUUUUCCACUAAACUAUUACCAAAAUAAUUAUUGAGAUGCUUUCGAUCAGGUUUGGAAGUUCAAAUGUUGGAGCUUAACUCUCUAAACAUGAGUUGAUGUGUUCAAAACAAUAACAUAAUGGAUCAUUUGACACUGGUAGUGCCUUAUCAUAGUCACAUGUUUAAAAUGGUUAUAUGUUCAAUAUUUAUGGAUAUGAACCUGCUUUUAUCUUUAAAAAACACAUAUAAAACAAUAUAUAUAUAUAUAAAACAGAAUUAAAUACAGUUAUAUCCACCCGAGUAAAUUUUAAUAUAUGAUAUAUUUCACACACAGACCAACUUGAAGUAUCAGUGCGGUUUAUUCAUUGAGGUGAAGUACUGCCAAGAAGACUAGACAAUUAUAUUAUUGAAAGCCAAUAUGUGUCCAUUUUUGAGAGGGCACACGUUUAUUGCAUCUAUAUUGGGCCAAGAGAAUUGCAUAUUCCAUUACAUAUAUAAUAGCUAUUACAUUAUAAAUGAUUUGCAUUUGAAAUUAUAAUUCAGUAAAGUUUUCCGCAGUUUCAGUCCAUACCGCUGCAGGAAACUUCCAGUUCUAAUGGUUAAUGUCUGCUUUCUUGUUUAUCAGUGUUGUGAGGUGUCAUCAUCUUCACAUAUGUUUGAAAGCAUCAAUGAUGUUGGUGUGUCAACAUCAACAAAAAGAGGAUAUGACUUUUUCUUGCCGGUGAGGACUCAUUCGAAAGGCAGAGCUACUUGCUUCAAACUAAAUGAAAUUGAAACAUGUUCAGUGUAAGUUUGAUGUCUAAAAUUUGAUUAAUAAACAUCAAUGCAUGACAAAUUAGAGCUACAACAUAAAAAUGACCCUGACGUCUCUAUAUGAGUGUCAUGGCCCAUGACGGUCUGGUUAUGGGUUUGGAAAUGACUGCACUCUUGUUCUAUGCACUAACCCUUACUAUUUCUUCAACACAGAAUGUUAUUUGUAUUGAACGAGAUUAAUUUCACAGUGUUGCUCACAGUGUGUGCAUGUAAAGAGAAAAAUAAGUUUUGGUUACAAAGCUUAAGACAAUAUGCGCAUAAUGUUAUUGUUGAAUACUUUAGAUGACAGGGUGGUAUAAAAUGAGUGAUUUUUCUUCUAAUAGUCAUCAUUCAGUAAUUCCCAAGGAAGUCUGGUCACUGCGAACUUCAGCUCAUUUUACUUUCGGUGUAAGGAAAUGUUUCUUUCUUUGCAACAUCUUUGUCUUUGAGUACUUUUUUUUUUAACCAGAGUUGAGUUAGUUUUGUAUUUGAAAAUCUAUCUUGCAAAUCUACCUUCUCCAUAUUGUUACACCUUACAGCAUAUUAAUAUCACAACCAAGUUUCAGGGUUUUUUCAACUUUCAACUUUUGUUGAAACUAGCUAUGCUUAUUUUUUCAAGAGGAUAUACAUUAGCGUUUGUGUAAUGGGACAUUAUCUGCUAAUGUCAAAAAAAUAAAAAAAUAAAUUCAUCUAUUUUCCAGUGCAUGACAGUCCCCAUUUGUACAAUAUGAAGGCACCAUCUGAUUUUGAUGAAUCAUGACAUUGUUUCAUGUGAAAAAUAAACUAGCACAAUCUAUAUCAUGUAAUCUGACCAAAUAUGCAUUGUAUCACAAUUUUCAUAUUGUCAAAUGUUGUGAGUGGUUUUACAAUUUCACCCAUCAAGUAAUGUGAAACACGAAAGGGAAAUCUUUUACCUCUGAUUUUGUAGUAAAUGUAAAUAUUUCAGAGGACGUUUUCUUUUUUAAUUUCCUACUUUAUGUUGUAAGGACAGCUGUGUGAGAAUACAAUUGUAUUGGAAAAAUUUUAUUUGUUACAAAUAAAAUGGUAAGAAUA